AUGAAACAAUUGGAUGGGUACUCAAUGAUGAUUGUCUGUAAAUACUUAAAGCUGUUCCGCGAUGUUAGGAACUUGGUUUUGGUUUCUAAAAAGAACAGUGAACUCCCUUUAAAAUUCCAUUUCAAUCCGAUCUCAGUGACUCAGAAAAGUCGGAAAUUCUUCCCAAAAAUGCAAACCCAAUACUUAUAUACUGCAAAUGAUGAAAUCAUUGAAAAUAUGGAUAAGUAUAUAAUAACAUAUCCUAUAGAUGUGAAGUACGUCUUAAAUCCUACCUUGUUGAAAACCGAAAAAAAGAUCACAACAGACAAUAUCAAAUAUGUGAAUGUAUGCCUCACACAAACAAUCCCAACACACCAAUUGAUGGAACUAAAAAUCUCGAAAUUUGCUGUGGAUGUCCCAAAGGAUUUGACAGAUUAUUCACCAUUAAACUACGCAACGAGGCUGUGCCCGUCAUUCUUUGCUUAUAACUCAUUGACGAGUUUUAAGUUCCCAAACACAAUGAGGAAGUUUGGCAAAGAACUUUUCAGUGGAUGCAGCCAACUUGUCGAAGUUGACUAUGCAUAUUCGAGUGGAACAAUUAAGGAGAGAACAUUUAGUGGGUGUCAUGCGCUUAGAAGAGUCAAAUUAUCACCGUUUAAUUCUUUGAGGGAAUUGACGCUGAUUGAUAUAAAGGUUGUGAAUGUCAGUGUCAAUGGAAAUGAGAUAUAUGGGAGAGUACCCUACAGAAUAUUUAAGACUAUGAAGAAUGUUGUUUGUAAUGAGGUGUUCUUUGGAAAAGAAGACUACAUGAAAGGCGAGAAACAAAUUCCAGACGGCGUGGUGUCUAUUGAGUGUGGGUGCUUUAAUUGUUUAUAUGACUUGAAAGAAAUGAAUAUACCAGACAGUGUGACUGAAAUUGGAGAUUGUGCAUUCCAUAGGUGUGCCGCACUCACAAGAGUAAAGGUGUCCAAAAACCUUAAAAAGAUUGGCUGGAUGGCGUUUGGGUUUUGCGAAAAGCUUACAAAUAUUGAAUUUCCACCAAGCGUCAAUACAAUACCAACGAGAUGCUUUGUGGAAUGCUCGAGUCUGGAAACAGUGAAAGGACAAAAUCUCACAAACAUUGAAACCGAAGCGUUUUUAGAUUGCAAAGCGAAGGUUGUUAAAGCGUAA